AAGCAAUGUCACAUAUCGCGUAAAAGGGAUCAGUCAACUGUGGAUGCUUAGUUUUCAGCUGUCUAGAAAUAUAGACAGUGUGUCCUCUUGGUACAAUGAAAGCUGAGCUGUCACUAGACUUUACAGGAAAUGUAAUGCUUGUCACCUGCUGUGCAACCAACAUGCAGAGAUGGUCAACAUUAUUCUUUGCGGAUGAUUCUCUCUUUGUAGGAGCGUUGUCCUGAGCUGGAGACGUGGGCCCAUGCUGCCGUGCCGAACAAACGGGACAGCAAGAAAAGAACUAAACUCCCAGAGACACCCAAGACGGCCGAGGAGAUGUGGCAGCAGAGCGUAAUCGGCGACUACAUGGCAAAGUAUAGGAGCGACAGGAAGAAGGCUCAGAGUGCCAUCGAGGCAGCCUGGAAGGCUAUGGAGAAGAAGGAGAAGAUCCCAUGGAUCAAGAAAGCAGCUGAGGACCAGAAGCGAUACGAGAGGGAGCUGUUGGAGAUGAGGACGCCCCCACCUGGACAAGGACAGAGGAAACCGAAAUUUGACGGGGAGCCCAAGAAGCCACCAGUGAGUGGCUACCAGAUGUUCUCUCAGGAGCUGCUGACCAACGGAGAGCUCAACCACUUCAGCUUGAAGGAACGCAUGGUGGAGAUCGGAAAACGCUGGCACAAGCUCAGCCAGAGCCAGAAGGACAAGUACAAGAAGCUGGUGGAGGAGCAGCAGAUUGAGUACAAGGCUGAGCUGGAAGCCUGGGUCAAGUCUCUCUCUCCUAAUGAACGGGCACUUUAUAAAGAGUUCUCCACCACGAAACGACGGACCACGACCAAAGCACGGGGACCAAGCGCCAAGAUCCGUGUGACUGCCAAGGGGAAGGCGGUAGGUGCCAGAGCUGCAGCAACGGGGGUCGGGGUGGGCAAGCGGGCCAUGGCGUACCGGGCCAAGCAGGAUUCAUCAGACUCUGAUGAUGAUGAUAAGACUGACUCAUCCGAUUCUGAUGACGACGAUGAAUCUUCAGGUAGCACCGACAGCGACGACGAUGAGAAUGACGACGACGAAGAUGACGACCAAUCAGGGGACAGCAGCUCUUCCUCAGAGGACAGCAGUGAUUCGGAGUCUGACUAGCCCUUGCCUGUACAAAGAGGAGGGGCUGUGCGGGACACGCCUCCUCGCAACUCAUUUGUCCCGUCUUGACCAGAAGGCGGCGGUGACGUACCAGUGCUGGCCCGUGGGCUCUUCUCUCCCCAAUCUGACUAGAAGGAAACGCAGUGGGGUGGGGGGGAAAUGGUGGAGGGAGAUGGGAGAUAGCAGCAAGCUUCUCCUCCUGAUGACCCAGAGACUGAAUCAUUGACGGGACAAUGUCUCGACUUUAAAAGGGGCUUAGUUACCUGUGUGUUCCAAUGCAUACAUUUUUUAAUGCCUUUAUAUGGGUGUAAUUAAAAACUUUUUGUUUUUUUUACACUAUUAAAAAAAGGACAUUUCGGAAGCAGUUAAAGCUUUUUGAAUUUUUGGAACAAUUGGUUUAUACAGAGUUAGGCUGGAAAUGGCCAUAUUGAGGUGUUCACUGCCGUUUUUUUGUCCUUUGUUCUUGCUGAUAGCCAGCACAGAGGAAGGACUGUUGCUGCUUCCCCUCCAUUUGAACAUCUGACCCUCAAUAAUAAAAAUGCACUUUUUCUCUUG